AUGACCAAAAAUACUUUCAAAAGACAAAAGCUAGCACUGCAGCCGGCUAAUAUCCCAUCAGUGCCUGCUACUGUAUAUGAGACACCUAAAGAAUCAUUGAUCAACUUUCCUUCUUCGAUCAUGAAUGGUAUAACGAAAGAAGGUGGAUUGGUCUCAUUGACAUUCAAAUCAAUAACGUGUGCUAAUUUUGUUGAAAACUUGGAUUGGAUGCGUGGUGCAUUAAUAAGGAAAGAUGAAGAAUUUGAACCUACUAGAAUAAACGAGGAUGUGUUUAAUGGAGAGAAGAUGAUAACAGAACUUAAGCAAGAUAUUCAAGCCUUAAAAGAAAAACCACAACAAGUAAAUACGAUAGAUGAAAUAAAGGUUCUACAAUCCAAGUUGACAAAUAGUUUAAAAGAUGAAGAAAGUUUCCGUAAUUUUGGCAUCAACUUGGUUAAGCAGUACGAAAUUGAAAAUCCAACGAAGAGUAUCAAUUUCAAUAAUGAAAGUUAUUCCACAAUAACAAAAGCGGAAAUUCCAGGUGUUAAGGUAAGUAAGUUUGAAGAUGUGGAAAAUCCCGAUCUUUCAGCUUAUGAGAGAAAACCGGUUGUAGAACCACCAAAAGAACUAACACCAGAACCGGUGGCGGCACCAAUACAGGAACAGACACCUAGUACAGUGCCAAUGGUUUUGAAUAAUAGCAACAAUUCGACACCAGAAAUGACACUGCAAAACUUUCAAAAUACAGCCGUUCAACAACUGUCUAACAACCAGGUCUCAGCGUCGCCUUCGGUACAAGAUAAUAAUGUUAAUUCUACUUACCCCAAUCAAACAUUUCACAACUCGCCACCACAAGAAAAUUACUAUUAA